CAACGAUCUUAGCUGCAUUGUGGAAUUCUCUCGAUCUCUACAAUAAUUUAUAUAUAGUGGAGUCGAUUAUUCACACCAUUAAUCAAGCAACUAGGAGUAACAAGAAACCAUCGUGGAUCCAGCAAUAAUGGCCCACGCAAGCCGGAGGGUAGCCUCCCUCCUAGCCCUCGCGGCCCUUGCCUCCGUCGUAGGUUUCCUCGCCGGCCCGGCCGCGGCCGCGGGGAAGACCGGCCAGGUGACUGUUUUCUGGGGCCGGAACAAGGCCGAGGGCUCUCUCAGAGAGGCCUGCGACUCCGGCAUGUACACCAUGGUCAUCAUGUCCUUCCUCAACGUCUACGGCAACGGCAAGUACAGCCUCGACCUCUCCGGUCACCCCAUUGCCGGCAUCGGCGACGACAUCAAGCACUGCCAGUUGAAGGGAGUCCCGGUGUCGCUCUCCAUCGGGGGCUUCGGCACCGACUACUCGCUCCCGUCCAACCAGUCGGCGCUGGACCUCUUCGACCACCUCUGGAACUCCUACUUCGGCGGCUCCAAGAAGGGCGUCCACCGCCCCUUCGGCGACGCGUGGCUCGACGGCGUCGACCUCUUUCUGGAGCACGGCACGCCGGCGGAUCGGUACGACGUGCUGGCGCUGGAGCUCGCGAAGCACAACAUCCGCGGCGGCCCCGGGAAGCCGCUGCACCUGACGGCGACGCCGCAGUGCACGUUCCCGCCAAGCAGCUACCUCGGGCGCGCGCUGGCGACGGGGAUCUUCGAGCGCGUCCACGUCAGGAUCUACGACAACGGCAACUGCGAGGCGUACUGGCAGCUGGCGUGGGAGAAGUGAACGGCGGCGUACCCGGCGACCCGGUUCUACGUGGGGCUGACGGCGUCGGAGAUGACGCACGGGUGGGUGCACCCCAAGAACGUCUACUACGGCGUCGCCCCGUUCGUGCAGAAGGCGGAGAACUACGGGGGCAUCAUGAUCUGGGACCGCUACUACGACAAGCAGACCAACUACAGCAGCAUAGUCAAGUACUAUGCUUGAGGAGUUGACAUCUUCAUCUCCAUCCAGCCACGUAAUGUGUUUAUCUCACAGCACAGUAAUUAUACUUAUCACUAUGCUGGUAAGAAAGAAAUAAAGUGAAGAAUAACUGGUUCUUAUUA